UGUUGUAUAACUACAUGUUUACAAUAAAGAGCGAGUGAGUUGAGUGUUGAGUGGAUGCGCUGUUCGCUGUCACUCACAAUUCAGUUUUGUUUUACGUGAUUUACUACGUGGUAUUGCCUCACACCCGCGACCAUUCGAGCAACGCGAAAUUUUGACACAAGUUGUACCCAUUCAAACGACAGCCAUGUCGACAGUUCUACGAAGCUUCCAGUUUGAGGCAACGGCAUCGAUCGCUUCUGUAACGGCAUCUCUUCCCAGCCACUCUGCCGUCCUCGAUCAUGCUCUUGAUUGGAACAAGACGAAUCGCCAUAUUCCGAAAUACCUCAACGUAGCUACGAUUGCUGGAGGUCUCAACAAUGGCCCCGAUGAAAUCAAUCUUAUGGGCCCACCGAUACAUGCUAGAAACGGAGAUGAUAUCUCCGUCAUUGUCAAAAACUCUCUUUCCACAACAGGCCUUUCCAUCCACUGGCACGGAUUCGAGAUGGAAGAUUCAAUGGUAUACGAUGGCGUGGUAGGUGUCACCCAGUGUCCCAUCUCUCCAUCAGACACAUUCGCAUAUAAUUUCAGCGUAAACGAAACUCCUGGCACUUAUUGGUACCACACUCACUCCGGUGAGCUUGGAAUCGAUGCCUACAAUGCGAUCAAAGGUCCUCUGAUUGUUCAUCCAUCAGUGGAUAUAUCGGGGGGGAAUGGCAAUGAAGACGAACGCAAAUCCGCCAUCGCUGCUAUGUUGGAUCAGCAAGACGAAGACAGCGCAAACUACGACGAUCGUCUCUUUUAUGACAACGAAAGAAUUCUCUUCUUCUCCGAUGGAUCGCAUUUUUCGGACUCGAAAGUUUAUUUACAGAAUCUUGGAUCCUUGAAUCCACCGAUAUCAUUCUCGGAUGACUUCUAUAGAGUCGGAACCUUUCCUUGGAAUUUUGGGACAUGCAAUGGCGUUAUGCGAGAAAUCGUACCAGUGUCUCCGGGUCGCAAAUACAAAAUGCGUCUAAUAAACGCCGGCCACCUCUUUGCUUUACGCAUUGCCAUGGAUGGAUUCAAAUUCACAAUCGUUGCCGCCGACUCGGAGCCGGUAGAACCCUAUGUGGUAGAUGAAGUAAUACUUCAUACCGCCGAAAGAUUCGAUGUUGAAAUCGAAGUACCAGCCAAUGCAAAGGUUGGAUCGACAUCAUGGAUUCGUGCAGACACUCUCGAGAGCUUUGAGCAAGGUUACAAAAAUGGAAUUAGAGCUAUUCUUUACAUUGUUGAUGAUGAAGAUGAACAACCAUUCAAAGAUGAAGAAGUUUUAGAUCCGCUUUUGCCCAUCGCAACAGAAUACAAUUCUCUUGAUCGAGUGACUAUGAAUUGUUUGAGUACAUACGAAGCAGAGGAGAAAGGUCCAAAUGGAGGAUGUAUACCCAUCACAAAACUCCGCCAUAUAAAUCACCGCAGAAAUUUGGAAAGAGAGGAUCCCUAUGGCUACAGCAGCAGCGCUUUUUCUCAAGAAUACGAGGUCCAUACCAUCGACUUCGAGUGGAGCGCUAGUCCACAGUUUGCUCAUUUCACUAGCAUCGAUGAAGGCCCGUGGUUACAACAUUCGCUAGACGCAUCAAAUUCUAUGAUGCAUACAUCAUUUGACUUAGCGGAAGACCUUCAUCCACAUGCUGCUGUUUUGAAUGUUGAAGCCCACUCAACAGCAAUUCUCAUCUGGCGAAACAAAUCUCAGAUGGAUCAUCCAAUUCACCUGCACGGUUUGAAGAUGGAAAUUUUAGACGUUCACAAUCCCAAGAAGGCAGAGAGUUGUGUACUCAACAACUGUUCGCUAAGCAAAGCUUUUUCAUCCAAAGAUACACUCGAUGCCCUAGCAGCAACUCCGCAGGGUGCAGUUCUGAAAGAUACCUUCAUCUUACCCGCGGGAGGAGCCGUUGCAGUGCGGAUAAAAACUGGAGACCCGUCGCUUUGGUUUGCUCACUGCCAUCUCGAAACCCAUCGCGAAGACGGCAUGGCUCUCAUUCUCAAUGUCGGUAACUACCAAGCUCCUUCUGAUGGCAGUUGGCUUCCACAAGAUUAUCCUCGAUGCGAUACGCCAUUCCUAGAGACAAAAGUACCUUUCCCAUCGUGCAAGUGUUUCUCGAACAAAGAUGCUGUCCUUGCUGGUGCCCUCAGUGACGAGCAUUGGUGCAGUAGGGAUCACCUUUGUUUCCACGAGUAUAGUGAGGGAAAACUUGACUCGUAUCCUGUUGCCUCGCAAGGACUCCACAUCCAGUCGCAAUACCGAAUACCCGGAUGGGCCAUUAGUCUCAUUGCGGGCGGAAUUGUCGUUCUCAUCUCAGUAUUUUGCGCAUACCAAAGUGCUGUACCUGAACCUUGGAAGGAACAGUUGAGUCUAAAGAGACGAAACAAGCGCUCGAGUCUAAGAAAAACGGUGGUGAUUGAUAAUGAAUACAAUUCCAAAGAGUUCGAUUUAGAUCCGGAGCGUAACGUGAAGGUGGAACCCGAGGCUGCUCCAAUCUCAUUUGACUCGCCGUUUUGGUACCAGCUACAAGAGCUACUCGUUUCCCAAUGGGGUCAAUAUCGACCGACUGCGAUCAACGGACUUCGCGUAGUCGAAGUGGUAGGCCUUGCAUUGCUGACUGGGGCUUUAUUUUACGACAUUGGCAAUGAUACUACAGCAACGGGUUUUGUCAAGGUUAAUUCUCUUCUAUUCUUUUCCGUUACACUAUGGUGAGUUUCUCGAAGUUUUCUUUUGUGAUGUUCGAUGCCGCAUCCUACGCAGCUGCAAAAUCGAGAGCUAUACGUUUCAGGCAAUCGUUCUACUACGUUUACUCACACCCACUCUCUUUGCUCCCAUCUUUCACUACAGGACUUUUACACGAAUGUAUACAUCGGUUGGAUCUACUUACCUCUGGUACAUAGCAGUUGAGGACGACGUUGUAAACAAGCGAAAUUAUGCCGUCGGGCCACUUUACCUAUCGCGUCUCAUAGUUGUCAUGUUGGCGGAAUCCUUCUGGCCGUUCCUUUACGUCUUCGUUUGCUACCCACUUGCUAGCGUUGUCGGUGACUGGACAGUUGUGAUCAAGAUAGGAAUGCUCCUCUGCCUGAACAAUGCUGCAUACAUAUCACUUGGCUCCUGCCUCGGGGUGCUCUUCCCAAGCAUCCCCCAAGGAAUGAUAGCCUCGACACUAUUCUCCCAAACAUCAUUGGUGGCUGCUGGAUUUUACACCACCCUCCCCGUGUACCUAAGCUGGAUUCGCUAUAGCAGUCCAGUGUUUUGGACGUUUAGCGGUAUCGUCAAAGCAGCAUACACAUGGUCUGACACGUACAAGUGCAUCAAGGGCUCGAAUCUUGCCGGAAACAACAGAUGUUUCAUCGAAACCAGCCCCGUGAUCGACGACAUGAAAGAGCGAGGAAUCAACGCCGCAGUCUAUGGCGAUGCUCAAUCGGACAAUAUAUGGCUCCAGGUAUGCAUGCUAAUUCUAUUGCUCUUCCUCCUGCAAACCACUAUCUACAUUACUGUUAAUGUGCGCUGCAGCAGAAGAAAAAAGGCGAAGGAAGAAGGAAUUGACGACUCGGAAAGAAGUGCCGGUAGCGCAGAAUCAAAACAAUGCAAAAUGAGCGGUUGAUAAGACUAGAAGACGACUCUGGAGCCUAAAAUAUAAACUAAUUUGCCAA